UUUGCAUGCAAUAAACUGCUCCGAAGUAUAAUGGAUAUACUUUGGAUAUAAUAAAUAUAAGGAUAUAAUUUACUGUGUUUUAUGUUUUCUAGACGGUGACAAAAUUUAAAAAAACGGCGAAGGAGUACAAGUUUAAGAAUGAAACAGCUGAAAAUCUAAAAUCAUCAGCAAAAAAUUUAUCCUCGUUCCUGAAGAACGAGGUUGUGAACCCUUGGAGUAUAUCAGGCAAUGACAAUGUCCAAGUAAUUAAAGAAGAAAACGUAAUCUCAGAAUACGAUGGCCAAGAGAAAUACAACUCCGCGAAUCUUUUGGGUAUUCUUACAUUCUCCGUUGUUUGUGGCAUAAUCCUGCACAACCUCGGAGAAGAAGGAAAACCGUUGGUUAACUGGUUAAACUGUUUAUUUAAACUCAUCCUGAAACUUCUGGAUCUAUUUAUGUGGUUUUCACCGAUUGGCAUUGGUUGUAUCGUUGCUGGUGAAUUAGCAGCCAUGAAAGACAUGAAGGAAAAUGUUUCCAGUCUUGGUCUCUAUAUUUCAAUGGUAGUUAUAAUAUCCUUGAUCCACGCGUUGGUUGUCCUACCAGUUAUAUACUUUGUAUUGUUAAGACGAAAUCCAUUUGUUUUGCUGAAAGAUGUUGGUAAAGCGUUAUUGACUGCUCUUGGAACAGCAUCAAGCUCUGCGACAAUCCCUCUUACAUUGGAUUGCCUUGAAAAGAACCACAAGCUUAAUCCCCGUGUAACUCAAUUUGUUCUUCCAAUUGGAACGACAGUAAACGCUGACGGCACUGCAAUAUACAUCGCGGUAGCAGCAAUAUAUAUUGUGAAAAUUUACCAUGGAGAUAGCUACAAUUUUGGUUCUUCCGUCUUAAUAUGCAUAGCAGCAACAUUAGCGUCAGUGGCAGCAGCUCCUAUUGCUGGCUCAAUACCAAUAGUUACGAGAACAAUAGUGUUACAAGUGAUCGGCAUUACAUCAGCAGACAUUGCGUUAAUACUUGCUGUCGAUUGGCUAAUGGAUCGUCUAACAACUCCUAUCAAUGUCUGGGCAACUUGUAUUGCCUGUGCUGUCGUUGAACAUAUUUCACGUGAUGAACUUCAAAUAACAGAUGAUGUCAGCCAAACUGAUGAUAAAGAUGAUACUAUUUCUGUGGUUACUGGGGAAAUAAACAGUGUAGCGAUUGACGGAUUUGACGUUGUAGCAGAAGAAAGUUUAGGAAAGGAAAUACCAGAAAAAGAAAUAAUUAAUAUUGCCUGACACAACAACCAGAACAAACUGAAACACUUUCGUCAGUCAAAAGCCAACAGCGCGUUGACUUCAUUUGCGCUUUUUCAUAUUAGCUUAUAUAGUUUUAGGGAUAUUUGACGUAUUUUCGAAUUGUUUGAACGUGUAGGUAGUCACCAGGUACAUGUCGAUAUUGUGAUUAAAGUUGCCUAC